AUGCGCUUUUCUCUUUCAACUCUCGUGGCGCUGGGCGCCCUACAGACUCUUGGUGUCUAUGCUCAGGACUGCAUCAACACAUGUGUUGAAUCAGUUAAGCCAACUGUGGGCUGCGCAGAUGCCACCCAGGCCGGUUGUAUUUGUGUUAGCCCCAGCUUUAUCAAGGGUGUGGCUGAGUGCGCAAGGGCGCCUUCAUGCAAUGCUGCAGACGCCGAUAUUACCAGCUUUUUGAGCAACGGGUUUUGUGUGGGUCAGCAACUCCCUGCCCUUCCAGAAGCUGCUGCAACGUCGGCGUCAGGCGCAGCGACAACAUCUGCAGCAGCUGUAGCAACAUCGGAAACCCCUGCCGCGGCUGAUACCUCUGAUGCUGCAUCAAGUUCUGCUGUGCCCCCGGUAACUUCAGAGGCACCCGAAGCCACUUCGACUGGUGUUAUCGAUGCGGCUUCCACGUCUGAAACUGCCGGGGCCGUCGAGGCUACGGCCACAGGACCUGAGUCCUCUGCUUCCUCCACCGAUGCCGCCAGCUCAUCAACAGCCUCCGAGGCGGCUGGUGCUGCAGCUACCUCUGACUCUUCAGACGACGACUCAGACAAGAAGGAAGAAUCUUCCAGCGGCAUGUCUGGCGCUGCAAAGGCCGGUGUUGGUAUUGGAGUUACUAUUGGUAUCCUCGCACUUCUCGGCAUCGCAGGUUUCUUCUUCUGGAAGAAACGUCAAAACCAGCGCGACCUCCCUCGUGGAAACAUGGCAAGCAUGUCGCCGCCUAUGGCUACCAGGGACCGCAGUUAUCCUUUACCCGACCAAGGGUCCAUUGGCGAGAAGAAUGGAUAUGACCUUGAACUAAUGUCCCAUCGAUAUGAGGAUAUGCUUCCUCGCGAGGAACCGCGACACAUGGUUUGA